CAUCACGUGUAUUUUAAUCCCAACAACAACACGCCGCUUUUCUCUUUAGAAAUCGUGCGUUUGACGAAAAAAUAAAUACACGUGAUAUCUUACUCCACUCCCCCUCCCCCUGGUGAUUUUUCGUGAUUUUUAACAAACCCCUCCCCUUCAUGACUCACGUGAUUAAUGGACAAUCCCUUAGAACUGUUAUUCUUUAUUGAUUUAACCUCACUUCUUCACAGAGUGUGAAAAACUUUAGACACACAUAAUUUACUAAACAUCACCUUGUACAUCAUGGAAACUCCUGAAAACCUUAAUGCUGAAAAACACACACAUGAAGAAUUAAAUUCUGAAAGUACAAAUUCAACAGGAAAAAGAACAGAUUACAUUGAUUGGCAUGAAUACUUUAUGGCACUUGCAUUCCUAGCAGCAAAACGCAGCAAAGAUCCUGCUACCCAGGUUGGUGCUUGCAUAGUCAACUCAGAAAAACGAGUUGUAGGCGUUGGAUACAAUGGUAUGCCAUUUGGUUGUCAUGAUGAUCAGUUUUCAUGGGCAAAAAGUCAAGGUGGGAACCGUAACUCACUUAACACAAAGUAUCUGUUUGUCUGUCAUGCUGAAAUGAAUGCGAUUUUAAACAAAAAUUCAGCAGAUGUAAAGAACUGCACAAUGUAUGUGGCUCUAUUCCCUUGUAAUGAAUGUGCCAAGUUGAUUAUACAAUCAGGGAAGGAAGUAAUUUACAUGUCUGAUAAACAUGCUCAUAAAACCAGCACAAAGGCUUCAAAAAUCAUGUUUGAUGCUGCAGGGAUUAAGUACUGGCAGUACACACCAAAACAUAAAAAGAUAGUGAUUGAUUUCUCAGAGAUUGAUUGGAAUAACAUGAAUCAACUUCCACAAACACCAGUUAAGGAAUUUUAAAUAAUUUGUACUUCAAAGUAAUAUGUGUGAACAUUGGAAUUUUUAAAAGUUUUGGUUUAUGUAGUUCAACGGACCAAAACUAGGCAAAAUUUACACCAAAUAUUAAAAUUUAUACAAUAUUUUACGAUUUAA